AUGCCCCCUGCCAUUCCCUUGGAACAUCCCGCCUCAUGCUUCAGGGUCCAGGCGCCAGCAGAAACGUUUCAGCGAGCGACGGGCCUGUCGGCUUUUGAGCGACCGGAUCAUUUGUUAAAGAAGGAGGGUGUUCAGGGAGUUCCGAACCCACUCACAAGCAGCCGCAACGAGUUGUGGCAUCUUUUCUGGCGAUGGGACGCGGUCAAGCGUUUGUGUUUGGCGGUUGAGGGUGAAUGGGAUUCUUCCAAGGUGUGUAACCUGUUCUGUCUUAGCAAACCUGAUGGUGAACUCCGGCAGAUCAUUGACCGACGCCCCCGAAAUUUGGCGGAAACGCCGCCGCCAGCCGACGGUCCGAAGAUGGGACAUUGCAGUGUGUUUUUGGGCUUGGUAGUACCGCAGAAGGGUUGCUUACGGGGCUCCCUUGAUGACCUUAGGAACUUUUAUCAUGCAUUCAAGGUGUCCCAGGAACGUGCGCUGUCAACGGUUGUCGGCCCGACGUGGUGUGCCAAAGACUUUUGGAACUCCCAGGCAGUGGCUGCCCUGCGUAAGCGGCGCCCUGACCUGAACAUUAGUCCCAGCACACGCGUGGCGGCGUGUUUUGCAGGACUAUCGAUGGGCGAUCACUACGCCCCAGCUAUUGCCCAGCUGAGUCAUGAAAAGGUCCUUGAAAAGUUUGGGGCUUUGAGAGCUGAGGAGCACUUGAAGUUAGGGUGUCCCCUUCCUCGAGCCCCGCUGGGUCAUUAUUCAGGGAUUUGUAUUGACGAUAAGGUUUCCUUGCAGAUCUUCCCAUCGUACGUGCCAGAGAGUGCAAGCGCGCAAGAAGCUCCAGGCCGUGAUCUCGAAGCAUGUGCGCAGGCUGACGAAGCAUACAUUGCAGUUGGUUUGGAGAGUCACCCCAAAAAGAAGUUCCGACGCGCUUCUGAGUUCAAGGCCUGGGGAGCGCACUUUGAGGGGAAUCAGGGGCUUGUAGGUAUGGACCGGGCCAAGUUGGUGUCCCUGUGCGCCAAUGUGUGCCCUCAAGUCUACGGGACAGAUGCCUCGCCCAGCGGAGUGGGUAUUGUCACCUGCCAUGUCGGACAGGAUGAUAUGCGCAGUAAAGAUAUUGAGGGUGAGCCGUCAGCGCCCGCAGUCCCUGCAGUAUCCUUGAUUUUCGGCAACUUUGAGCAGAUAUCUUUCACCAGUUGUGGCCGCGAGCUUUUCGAACGAUUUCGUGCCAAUUGCCCCCGCGUGCAUGACAUGACGCCUUCACAGUUUGCAGUCGAUUUUGUAGAGGUCUACUCUGGUAGAGUAGGCCUGCUGUGGUUGGCCCCACCUUGCACCACGUUUUCGCUGGCGCUUCAACCGUUGGAGGGCCCGUUAACUGCAGCUGCGGCUGUGUAUCCGCUUUCGUUAUGCCAAGAAGUGGCGCGGCUAGCUGCAAAGUUGUCGAAAGCCGAAAAGAUGCAUCAGGCAGAGUCACUAAAGCGCAAGAUGCGUUGGAUGAUGCAUCUGGGACGCCCAGGUCUUGGGCAAGGUGGCUUCUUUUUGGCUCCGCUGUACUUCUGGCUUCUGGUGGCGGUUACGCCUCAGUUGGUGCUUGGGCCGAGGCCUGCCAGUCAGCCUCGCGACAGAAAGGAUCUAGAGCGCGGCCGUGUGACCGAGCCGACGGCUCAGCUCCGCGCCAGGCUUUGGCAAGCCUUCAUGGAAUGGGUGGAGAUGGAAGAGCCAGGCACACCGCCCUUUCUGGAGCUCAUACGGGCAGACCCGAUCCGAGUCGCCAUGAUGGUAGAAGAGUACGGACGAGUGCUCUACGAGCAGGGCUCGAGCAGAAAGAACUACGCAGAGACGCUGAAUGCCCUAGUGCAGAAACAUGCGUAUGUCAAACACUUCUUGACAGGACCGUGGCGUUUACUGACAACGUGGGAGAGUCUGUGGCCAGGCAAAGUACACCCGCCCUGCCCUUUGCCGCUGCUCCAAGCGAUGGUGACGACGGCAGUGGCGUGGGAAUGGUUUCGCUUCGCUCUGCUCCUACUGAUCGGCUUUUACGCCUUGUUGAGGCCUUGCGAGCUCAUUUCCUUGACUGUCAAAGACUUCAUCCUGAGUUCAGAUUCUGGUUGCGACAGCGUGAUGUUUAUCAAGUUGCGCAUGGUCAAGUCAAGGACGCGUGGGGCAAAGAUGCAAAGCGUGAGACUCGACGUGCCUUACGUCGUCGCUUUUACCAAGAAGUGUUUCAAAGUCAUGGCCCGAGACGAGAAGAUUUGGUGUUACUCCACCAGAGCGACGUUGGCAAAUCUGAUCACGCCUCCGCCCAGUCCGGUGCGGACCAAAGCACGAUGCGUCAUCCUCCUCCGCAUCUGCAAAGCCUUGCGCUUCCUCCACCUCCAGUCUCCGGCCAUCAUGCAUGGCGACCUGAAGCCUGGAAAUAUCCUGGUGCCACAGACGAUGCAGCCCAAGUUGACCGACUUCGGAUUGGCCAGGAUGAUCAAGAACAUCGACGAGGGCGUGCUCUUCCGCGGCGGCACGCGGCGCUGGUCCGCUCCGGAGUCGAUGCGCAGCCGCGAGUCUGGAGCAAGGCCCGAGGAAGUGACGAUCAGUGCAGACAUCUGGUCCCUGGGCCGAGUGUGCUACUUCACAGUUACUGGUGAGCUGCCACUGGAGGAGUUUGGACCAGAUGCGACACCGCCGACGGGUGAUGAUGUACCCCUUCAGGAGGAGUGCCUGGAGCUGUGCGCAAGCUGCGGGCUGAUGGAUCCCUCGGCGCGCCCUUCGAUUUCAGAGGUGCAUUCCAGACUCUGGCACUGGCUCCCGCGCAAAGCAGGGGAGGGCGACAAGCUUCCAAGCAUGGCUGAAUGGUUGCUUGACGAUACCCUGCUGCCGCCGGACGCAGUGCCGCCUCGCCUACGAGGAUGCCUGGACAUCAGCUCAGAGGACGGGAACUUCGAGACGGACGCGAGGCAUCGCCUAUAG